UAUAUCGCUGAUCUCUGGCCAAUCGAUAUACACCUAUACGCACGUGUUUACAAAUUUGUGUACUUCGUAGGAAUUUCAUCGUAUUCUACAACGCCAUUGUGAAAUAGCUGAAUCGAAGAGACCUCCGGAGGAUUCAUGGAUCACGAAUACGUUGGGGUUAGCCCGCUGGGCGCCGCGGACGGCAAGGGCGCCGCAUCGAACGCCAUCAUCCUGUGCUGCGAGUGCGGAGUGGCCAUCCAGCCGAAUCCGGCCAACAUGUGCGUCACCUGCCUGCGCAACCAUGUCGACAUCACGGAGAACAUCCCAAAGCAGGCCGUGCUCCACUUCUGUCGUAAUUGCGAGCGCUAUCUGCAACCGCCGAACGAGUGGAUACAGGCCGCCUUGGAGUCCCGCGAACUCUUGGCCAUUUGCCUUAAGAAGCUAAAAGGCCUGAAGGAAGUGAAGUUGGUGGAUGCCGGCUUCAUCUGGACAGAACAGCACUCCAAGCGCAUAAAGGUUAAGCUGACUGUGCAUGGGGAGAUCACCGGGGGAACUGUGCUCCAGCAGGUCUUCGUGGUGGAGUUCACUGUACAAAACCAGAUGUGCAACGACUGCCAUCGGACCGAGGCCAAAGACUUCUGGCGCUGCCUCGUGCAGGUUCGUCAGAGGGCGGAGAACAAGAAGACCUUUUACUAUCUGGAACAGUUGAUCCUUAAGCACAAAGCCCACGAGAACACUCUGGGCAUAAAGCCGGAGCAUGGCGGCCUGGAUUUCUUCUACGCCAAUGAUAACCAUGCCCGACGCAUGGUUGAUUUCCUGCUGACCAUGGUGCCCGGCAAGGUAACAACCUCAAAGCGUCUCAUCUCUCACGACAUUCACAGCAACAACUAUAACUACAAGUACAACUGGUCAGUGGAAAUAGCACCAGUAUCGAAGGACAGUGCAGUUUGCCUGUCUAAGAAGCUGCGCCACCAGCUGGGUAAUCUCUCGCCAGUGGUUCUGGUCAACCGGGUGUCCAGCAGCAUUCACUUGAUUGAUCCCCUGACCGCACAGAUUGCAGAACUCACCUCGCAGGUCUAUUUCAGAGCUCCCUUUGAGGCCAUCUGCAAUCCCAAGCAGCUGGUUGAGUACGUCGUCAUGGACAUUGAUGUGAUCAUGGAGAAGGAUCGAAAGACCUAUCCUGGUCAAGGGCAGGUUUCCUUUAAGCACGCCCUCUGCGACAUUUGGGUGGUGCGCGCCUCGGAGUUGGGCAUCAACGACAACCCCAUUCACACACGCUCCCACUUGGGUCAUCUGCUCAAGGUGGGCGAUUCCGUAAUGGGCUACAACACCGGAGAGGCCAACAUCAACGAUCUGGAGUUCGACAAAUUGUCGACGGAUGAAAUUCCGGAUGUGAUUCUUGUGCGCAAGCACUACGAUCGACAGACCAGACUCAGCCAGCGCGUAUGGAAGAUUAAGCAUCUGGCGGCGGAGGCCACCGAUGAGCGCAGCAAGUACGACUACCACGAGUUCCUUGACGAUCUCGAGGAAAACGAGGAUAUCCGCGGUCAGGUCAACAUCUAUCGGGACACAAACAAGACGAUACCAAUCGAGGCACAGGCCGCUGGAGGUGAUGUACCCCAGAUCACACUGGAGGAGAUGUUGGAAGACAUGACGUUGGAGUGCGCAGACGACGAAAUGGGCGAGGAGGGAGAUGCCGACGAGACAGAGCCACAGUUGUAGUCCUUUUUUUUUAUUAAUCAUAACGCUUUCUUUUACCCAUGUAUACCCUGUACAUAAUCGCUUUAUCCAUAUAAACAACUAGGAAACUGGAUAAAA